CUUGCGUCUGCUUCCGAGUCAGUCGCUUGAUCCCAUAUCUGACUUUCUUUCUACAACAAAGUCUUGAACUCUCUAAUCUCUAUCUUCUGUUGCUUUGAUCUCAACCUAAACCCACACGUCACGUUACAAAAGAAGAACCCAAAACCAUCUUUGUUUUUUCAAAUCAGAAAAAAAUCGUUUCUUUUUGUUUGCAAGCAAUCUGAUAUAUUUAUUUUCUCUUACUGCCCAUCGUGAAUCAGACCGUGCCCAUGUUCAGAUAUCCUUCGAAACAUUCGAAUCUAUGCUAAAAAUCCUUUUCGUUAUCCUCUUAAGAUAUAGUAGUUGGUGGUGACCCAAACAGAGACACAGACGCACAGAGAUUAUGGGAUCCGCCGCUGUAACGAGUUCUUCUGAUGCUGCCAUCUCAGCUCUGCGUGAGAAGCAUGAGAAGGAAGUAGAGAAUCUAACACUGACCUCGCAGCCUUUGAAUACAUUGAGCUUGUUUGGUGAGGCUACUUUUCUGUACAUCAAGCGAUCUGUAUUGUAUCUGCUUGCUCAUGGAGGUUGGUUCAUCCUUCUGACCACUUUGUUGGUGGCAUUUGGAGUCUUGCUUGUGACUGUUGAUGGACCUCAUGGAAAGCAUGUUGAAGAAGUAUCAGAGUAUGUCCGAUACAGCUUAUGGUGGAUAGCACUUGGCGUCGCCUCUUCUAUUGGUCUUGGAUCUGGUCUCCACACUUUUGUUCUCUAUUUGGGUCCGCACAUUGCGUUGUUCACUCUUAAAGCAACACAAUGUGGCCGUAUUGAUCUAAAAUCUGCACCAUAUGAUACCAUACAGUUUAAACGGGUUCCCUCGUGGCUCGAGAAGUCUUGUUCAGAAUUUGGUCCUCCUCUAAUGGUAUCAGCUGCUGGAUCUCGUGUUCCACUAACCAGCAUAUUACCACAAAUCCAGCUGGAAGCGAUACUAUGGGGUAUUGGGACAGCUCUUGGGGAGCUUCCUCCAUAUUUCAUCUCAAGGGCAGGUUCAUAUACUGCUUCUCUCUAUCUAUUUAUCUUUCUGGGAGCAGAGUGGAUGGAAUGGUUCUUGGUUCUUGCUUCGGUCCCAAAUCCUCUGUUUGACCUCGCUGGAAUAAUGUGUGGACAGUUUGGCAUCCCAUUUUGGGAAUUCUUUCUGGCCACUUUAAUCGGAAAGGCGAUCAUCAAAACUCAUAUACAGACAAUAUUUAUCAUCUGUGUCUGUAAUAACCAACUGCUGGAUUGGAUGGAGAACGAGAUGAUCUGGAUACUAAGUCAUGUACCUGGUUUGGCUGAUGCAUUGCCUGGACUCAUCGCCAAACUCCACGCCAUGAAAGAAAAGUAUAUUGAUGUGUCACCUCCUGUUCCAUCUCAUAUCAAGGUGAAAAAAUGGGAUUUUUCGUUUGCGUCGAUCUGGAACGGGAUAGUGUGGCUAAUGCUCCUCAACUUCUUCGUCAAGAUUGUGACAGCAACUGCACAGAGACACUUGAAGAAGAAGCAAGAGAAAGAAGUAGCUGCUUUGACUCAUUCUGAUUGAUCAAGAUACCUUUUGAGCCAAACCUCACCAUCUGUACUUCCUUAUGCCCCAACAUUAAAGCAGCCAUUAUCCAAAUUUAGAAGAAAGGUAUAGAAAAAAGCAGCUUUUCUUCUCAUGUUGACACAUUGUUCUCGUGGGAUUUGUACUGUAUGGAAGGAAAAUGAUGUGUUUAGGAGGUGGAAUUGGGAUUGUCAGAUUGCAGUGGAUGCUUAUUUUAAUCCUGCCAUUCUGCAGUGAAGGUUUUGUGGGAAGAACUCAAAACAAGAAAAGCUUUUAGUUGUUAAUUUGUUACUCUGCUUAUUUAUAUUGAAACUAGUUGUUAAUCUAUUAUGUCCUAAUCCAUGUUAACUUUCGUUGUUUAUCUUAUCUUCUAAUUUUACUA